AUGGCUUCCGAAGUCAGCUACGCCGUUCGCAAGAAUGGUGCCCUCAACUCCCCGGAAUUCAAGCUCUACAUCGAGCAGCAGGUUCACCAGAAGGGGGCCAAAGUCAGCAGCAAGGUCAUCUCCCCCUUCCACGAUAUUCCCCUGUAUGCCGACAAGGAGAAAGGCAUUCUCAACAUGAUUGUUGAGAUUCCCCGAUGGACCAAUGCCAAGCUUGAGAUCUCCAAGGGACAGGAGCUCAACCCAAUCGUGCAGGACAAGGACAAGACAGGCGGCCUUCGAUUUGUCCGCAACUGUUUCCCCCACAGGGGCUAUCUGUGGAACUACGGUGCCUUCCCCCAAACAUGGGAGGACCCCGCGCAUGAAGACCAACACACCGCGGCCUAUGGUGACAACGACCCUCUUGACGUUUGCGAGAUCGGCGAGCAAGUUGGUUAUACCGGACAGGUCAAGCAGGUCAAGGUUCUCGGUAUCAUGGCCCUUCUCGACGAAGGCGAGACGGACUGGAAAGUUAUUGUCAUCGACGUCAAUGACCCCCUGGCUCCUGAACUCAACACCGCCGAAGAUAUCGAGUCCAAGCUGCCCGGUCUUCUGCGUGCCACUAACGAAUGGUUCCGCAUCUACAAGAUCCCUCACGGCAAACCUGAGAACCAGUUCGCUUUCACUGGCGAGACCAAGAACAAAGAAUUUGCCAAUGAUAUUAUUAAGGAGUGCCACAAGGCCUGGAGCCGCCUCCUCGACGGCAAGACGGAACCCCGACAAGGCCAGAGAGAGAAGGCCGCCGAUAAGAUCAAGAUCACCAACACUACACUUGUGGGCAAGGGUGACUACAGGGCUACGCCUCCCGAAGUGAAGCCUCACGAGGAGCUCCCCCCUGCCGCCGUCGAUCCCACCUCUGAGAAAUGGUACUUCAUCAGCGGUAACUCAGCUUAA